AUCGUUGUUCGAUUGUUCAUGUGGAAAGAAACGUACGAGAACCAGAAGAAAAAAAAACUCUUCAUUGGGCACAUUGGGCACUACAGCCAUGUGUAUCUAGCCAGAUCUGAAGUGGCGUGACACAAGCUAGGGAUCAGUAGUGCUGACCUUAGACUCAAGAAUCAGGCUGCUGAAAGUCUUCCGCUGACGGCUGUGUUGUACCAAACUGUUGAAUAGCACAGGCCUGUAGUCUCCCAAAUUACAUCAUUCCAGCUAUUUCAAGCACAUCUGAGAUCAAUAGCACUGUAACAUUUCCACCAACGGUAGAGAGUAAUACCACACUCGCCAGUGCAACUGUUCGAGUUUUGCGAGCACAAGAAAUGAGAGUUGAGAAAGGAAAGUCUUGAUUCGCCCGAUAAAAACCUCAAAUCGUCCACUGUGUAAGUUGCUUUCGCAUAGUGAGGGGUUGUUUACUGAUAGUCUUCUCAGAUUACAACACUAGUCGUCGGAUGCCAGUUUUCUUCACGUCUGUCUCAGGCGACGGUGCGCCCCCUACCCUGUGGCAAUUUUUUUGUCGUGUUGCCCCGCUUCAAAAUGCAGGUGCGAUUUACGCAGGCUGUUGGAAAGGAAACCAACGAUGGGGAGUUGGACGCCAAGUGUGGAAGGACGGUACCGUCUACGAGGGAGAGUGGAGGGACAACUUGCCUCAUGGGAGAGGUCGCUUCGUUCUCGCUAACGGGGACGAAUACAUCGGCGAAUGGAAGGAAGGGCUCGCGUCUGGGGUGGGCAUUUUUCAAUCUCACACUGGAAUAACGUAUGAGGGAACGUGGCUCAAGCAUUCGCAGCAAGGCUACGGAGUUGAGACAUUGGACACCGGAGACACGAUUUACAUGGGGGAGUUCAAGAAUGGAGCCAAAGAAGGACGCGGCUGUCUAAGAUGGAAUUCUGGUGCUUCUUAUGAGGGCCAGUGGAGCGCAAACAAAUGCAGUGGCUUUGGCUGCUAUGUUGACGCCUCCGGGAACGCCGCGUACCGUGGCGACUGGAGAAGAGGAGAGAUGGAUGGGUUUGGAAUUUAUUCGUGGUCCAGUGGACGGAGCUACGAAGGACAAUACAGGAAGGAUGAAAAGUCCGUUGCUCCGCAUCACGCUCUGAUUUCCCUGGCCCCCUGCAUGGAAUUCUUCAUCUUCGAGAAGUCGUUCGGAAGGCUUUUUUGAUUCGCUAGGUGGUCGUGGAGUCGUUAAGUCAUUCUUUCUUGCCGCUGGCGGAAAUUGUGGGAGAUCGUUUUUUUAGCUUGUCCCUACAGUGGUUGUCGAAAGAUCUAUGCAAGAACGAACUGCUUGCGAAGCCAAACGGGCGUGCACAGAAAAAUCGUGAUGUGGUCGUGUACUUCAGCGACCCGAAUGUUGGUACAGGUGUCAACACACACGACGUGAAACGGCUCCUGUCCUGUCAUGACGCAGCUGACUAAUUCUGGGUGGGUUUACACUGCGGUGGCCUUGCUUCUCAGGACGGUUUUGGCGUCUUCAUGUGGGAGAAUGGUAAAUGCUACAAAGGGUUCUGGGCAAAGGGAAAGCAGGUAAGGCCAGAAAAGUGGUCGUGUUUCCAAGAAGAGAUCCUAUUUGCAGUCUCUUUUCUUCAUAUGCGGGGUCUCGAAAACUUUACGGGUACCUUUGAAACCUUUUCACGCUUUUAUGCUUUGAGGAGAGGGCUUCUUACCUGAAUCGUUGCGCAUGUUUUUGUAUACAUUUCUCCACCUUAGCUUCGCGGUGCUCCGUGUUGUCCCUAUUGCUUCUGUUUCUCCGUCUUUUGUUGCUCGCAUGUGUUUUGCUCGAGGGUCAGAUUUAAACCCCGGUAGGCAUGCUCUGGAAAGACGUAUAUAUGCAUCAGAAUAUGAUGCGUAUCUCUCCAUGUAUGCACAUAAACGUGCAUAUCCGCUUCCGUUGCUGUCUGAUUGGUCUGCACUCCGGGUGAUUUGCUUUUUCCUGCUCUUUUCAAGGACGGACAAGGGAGAUACUAUUUGUCGCCCGUGGGUCCCUACAAUACCGC